UUUCAUUUUUUCCAAUUAAAAAAAAAAAAAAAAACAGAGUAGAAGACGAACAGAGGAAGAAGCUAAAAGGAGGACCUUGCUAGGGUAAACGAAGGGUAAUCGGAUUCAGAAGGCGAUCGAUUUCGGGAAUCUGAGAGAUUACGCAAUGGCGGACUCUCUCAGAGGUAGGUGAUCUUCCCUUCCCGGAUUCGAUGUUUUUGGUAGGAUCGCUGUUACGUUUCGGAUCUGUGAUUGUUUGGAUUGUUCAUAUAGUCGCAUGCAUGGGAGCAGUGGUUGUCUGGGAAGCCAUAGUAAACCCGAACUGAUUACCUCAAUUGAUGAGCCACUGAAAGGUCCAAAGCUUCAAGGUCAAAAAGCAUCAAAACCUAGCGUAUCAGAGGAUUUCUGGACCACUAGCACAUGUGAAAUGGACAACAGUGCAAUGCACUCACGAGGAAGCAUCUCUUCAAUAAGCACAUCAAACCUGACCGUAGAUCCCCAUGCCACUAGCAGUGGAAGCAUUCCUUCUGAAUUUGUAAAUCAUGGUCUUCUUCUCUGGAACCAAACUAGGCAGCAGUGGAUAGGAAAUAAAAAGCCCGAUAAUCGGGAACAGGGGCUUCGUGAACCUAAACUGAGUUGGAAUUCAACCUACGACAGUUUGCUUGGGAGCAACAAGCCAUUUGCCCAGCGCAUACCUCUCUCUGAAAUGGUAGAUUUUCUUGUCGAUAUCUGGGAGCAGGAAGGGAUGUACGAUUGAGAAAGCGUAAGCAGGAGACUUUCUAUGUUUAGAUAUUAGAGCCAACGACAACUGUUGUAGCAUUUAGAAUUGCUAAGGUAGCAAAAACUCGAUUGGGCAGUAUGUGUAUUAAACUGUGACAUUAUAUCAUCACAUAUGAUGCCCAUAGGGAUAUUUUUACUCUCAACAGGCUCUUAGAACAUAAGCCAUAUGGUAUCACACACUGUAUUGUUCUAAUUUAUAGAAGUAGCUGCCUCUGCCAUUCUUGGCAGCAGAUUUUGCGAAGUAUCUGAAUUUGCUCUUGACUGGGAA